AUGUCAAAUGCGGGGGUACUGGAAGACCUUGGGUUGGAGGUGCACAGGAUCCGUGACAAGGCGGCAAAGCUAGAGGGCGGCGACGUGGUUUUUACUGGACACGAGUUCUUCGUGGGUAAAUCCGUGUGCUCGAACCUGGAGGGUCACGAGAUCCUGGCCGACACCUUCCCGGAGUACCCCGUGCACUCCAUCCCGCUCAGACCGCCCAAAUUCCACCUGAAGGGAGUCAUCUGCAUGGCGGCACCGGGAGUCAUGGCUGUAGGGGAGAGCAAGUGGGGGCAGCGCGCUUGGAAGGUUCGUGUUGCCCUCAGAUACAUCCCAUUCCGACUGUGGUCAGUCAACGUCCCGGUUUAA